AUGAUCGAAUACUGCUCUGCUAGGCUCACACGCAGUAGAGUAAUAGCUGAAGAAGGAGACUACUACGCGUACACUACCGCCUUUCCUACCCUAUAUACAUCGAGAAGCGUUUCACCACACUAUGACAAGAAGAAUUUCCACAAUCACCGGCUUCAAUUGUUCCCAAGUUUCGACCGCAAGAAAUCCGAAGCUCUCAUCGGAGUUUUUCCAAGGCAAGAUUUUGAAUACCCUUCUGCUUUUUUCCUGUUCUGCAUUGCAUCGAUCACGUUCGACGGUAUGAAAGCUCUGUUGUUCAAGUCGAAGCCCCGGAAGAGGUCGCCGGAGGAGCUCGUGCGUCGUGUACGAGACCUCCUCAUCUCCGUUCAUCGCAACACCGAGACCCGCGAAAGCAAACGUCAAGAAAAGCGUUCUGAAUUGGAGAAACUGAUCAUGGAGAUGAAGAUAGUCCUUUAUGGCGAGGGUCACUGCGAACCCGUUUCCGAAGCUUGUGCGAGAUUGACUCAAGAGUUGUUCAAAGAUGAUACAUUUCGCCUUCUUGUCUUUUGUCUUCCAAAAUUGGAUCUGGGGUGUCGCCAGGAUGCAGUCCAUGUGUUUGCGAAUUUACAAAAGCAACAGAUUAAGCCAAGAUCAACAUUGAUUGCCUCUGAUUAUUUGGAACAAAAUUUAGAUCUUUUGGACACUUUGGUGAAAGGCUAUGAAGACCCUGAUCUUGCUUUCUGUUAUGGAACAAUUUUGAGAGACUGCACGCGUCAUCAAGUCGUUGCAAAGUAUAUACUCGAUUCAGAGCACAUGAAGGAGUUGUUUGAUUAUAUACAAGACCCAAAUUUUGGGAUAGCAUCAGAUGCAGCAGCAACCUUUAAAGAGCUAUUGACAAGGCACAGAUCAACUGUUGCUGAGUAUCUUUCAAGAAAUUAUGACUGGUUUUUUGGGGAGUACAAUUCCAAGUUGAUGGGUUCUUGCAAUUACAUCACUAGAUGGCACGCCGCCAAGUUGUUGGGGCAGAUAUUGAUGGAUCGUGCAAAUUGUUCAGUGAUGAUGAGAUAUGUAAGCUCAUUGGAUAACAUGAAGAUGGUGAUGAAUUUGCUCAAGGAGUCGAGCAAGAAUAUCCAGUUGGAAGCAUUUAAUCUGUUUAAGCUUUUUGCUGCUAAUCCAAAUAAGCCUCCUGAGAUAGUCAAUGUCCUUGUCGCAAAUAGAACCAAGCUUCUCCAAUUCUUUGGUGGCUUCAGUUUUGAUAAAGAGGAUGAGCAGUUCACAGCAGACAAAGCUAGAGUUGUGGAAGCAAUUUCUACUCUUCAAAGCUUAAAUCGUUCAUGUGGCGCUUUAGACAAACGUGAGAAAAACCUUACUAUGGCAUGCAGUGUAUAGAAAUUCUUUUUGUGAAGUAUCAUUUAUAAUUUCAGGAGAGUAUAGUUCGCAAAUGUAGUGUUUUUUAGUGAGUUCUGGUGAGUUUCUAUCUCCUG